GCGAGGCCUGCCGGGAAGGAUGCGCGGCCUUCCAAAGGGUUGCCCAAGAUGGCGACCCUGGAGGAGGAAUUUACGUUGGCUGGGUUAUCCUUGGGCGCCGGGCCUGACGGACUCCUAGGCGUGGAGCCGGGCGCCAAAACAGACCAGUUUCUGGUGACGGAGGGCGGUAGGACCGUCAUCCUCUAUAAGGUUUCUGAUCAGAAACCCUUGGGCAGCUGGUCAGUGAAGCAAGGUCAAAUUAUAACAUGUCCAGCUGUAUGCAACUUUCAAACCGGAGAGUAUGUUGUUGUUCAUGAUGAUAAGGUUUUGAGAAUAUGGAAUAAUGAAGAUGUAAACUUGGAUAAAGUAUUUAAAGCUACAUUGUCAGCUGAAGUGCACAGGAUACAUUCAAUACAAGGAACCGAACCACUAGUGCUAUUCAAAGCAGGUGCCAUCCGUGGUCUAGAGGCCUUGCUUGCAGAGCCCCAGCAGAAAAUUGAAACUGUUCUCACUGACGGAGAAGUGAUUAAAUGGACAAAAGUUUUCAUGGUAUUUAAGCAUCCUAUGUUAAUUUUUGUGACUGAAAAAGAUGGAAAUUAUUUUGCUUAUGUACAAAUAUUUAACUCACGUAUCUUAAGCAAAUACACACUCUUAUCUGGACAAAAAGAAAAAUCUGUUAUACAGAGUUUUACUGCAUCUGUGAAUAGGAAAUUCAUCUCUUUGAAGUCAUUAAGCUCUGAUGGAUGUAUAUAUGAAACCCUGAUACCGACAUAUCCGAGUGACCCAGGCAGAAAUCAGAUGGUAGUUAGAUCACUGUUGCUCAAGGCCGUUGUGUCUGGUAAUGCUAGAAAUGGUGUUGCAGUCAGCGUCCUGGAUCAAAAUCACAUAGCAGUCCUGGGAACUCCACUACCAACUUCUAAGGAAUGCCUUUCCAUAUGGAACAUAAAAUUUCAAACACUCCAGGCUUCAAAAGAGUUACCACAAGGGACCACUGGUCAACUCUGGUAUUAUGGGGAAAAUUUGUUUAUGCUACAUGGAAAAUUUCUAACUGUGAUUCCAUAUAAGUGUGAAGUGUCAUCAUUAGCAGGUGCUCUUGGAAAACUCAAGCACACUCAAGAUGCAGGUACUCACACUGUCUCCCAUUUUGUAAGCUGGGAAGCAUCUCAGGGAUGUGGCCUUAGAUCACAGAACUCGGAGCAGUCAAGGAGAAUCUUAAGAACAAGAAAAGUUGAAGUGAGUGUACAGCCAGAGGUUCUAGCAUCCGAACAACUUUUAUCAACCAUAAAGAAUGAUUCAGAAAAACACAUUGAAGUAGAACUACGUAAAUUUUUAUCUAUUAAACGGACACCUGAUUUUCAUACUAUUAUUGAGGACAUAGCAACAGGACUUCUGGGAAGAUGUAAAACAGAAGCAUCAUUUUAUCCCCGGAACUCUCUGAUGCAGGUUAUCCAAACGCAUGUGCUUUCCUACAGCUUGUGCCCUGGCUUAAUGGAGGUUGCCUUAGAAAAAAUAGACAUACAGAUACUACAGCUCUGUCUACAGCAGUUCCCUGACAUUCCUGAAUCAGUCACUUGUGCUUGCUUAAAAAUUUUCUUAAGCAUUGAUGAUAACAGUCUUCAAGAAAUAGAUAUCAACACAGAGUCAGUUUUUGAUGAUAGUGAUACUGUACAAGAUGAAAAAAUGGAAGAGCAAAUUAUUCAAAAUGGCUUUAAUCCUGAAGAAGAUAACUGCAAUAACUGUGAUAAAGAGUUAAAUGAAAAGCCUCAGGACACAACAGAGGAGACCACUUCGUGCCCUAUAAUACCAAAAAGAGCAGCUCUGCUUAGAAAUGCAGUUCUUCAUUCAGCAUAUAGUGAAACAUUUCUUCUGCCACACUUGAAGGAUAUCCCAGCACAGCACGUCACUUUAUUUCUCCAGUAUUUGUAUUUCCUUUAUCUGAAGUGUAGCAUAAAUGCUACUAUGACUCUUCCUGGAAUACAUCCUCCAACUCUGAACCAGAUUAUGGAUUGGAUAUGCCUACUUCUAGAUGCUAAUUUUACUGUUGUGGUAAUGAUACCAGAGGCAAAAAGGCUGCUAAUAAGUCUUUACAAGUUUGUGAAAUCCCAGGUAUGUGUUUAUUCCGAACUGAACAAGAUUGAAGUGAGUUUUCGGGAGCUACAGAAACUAAAUCAAGAAAAGAACCGUAGAGAAUUAUAUUCAAUUGAAGUGCUGGAACUCUUCUGAUAUUAUCAGUUCUCCUUCAUAGAUACUUUAUGAAGUCCUUUUAUGUGAACUCUUCCUGCACAUCCAGACAAGAGAGGUGUUUUGUUUGUGGCCAUCUCUCAGUUUCAAGAGCAAUGUGUCAGCAACUCCCUGGGACCACUGCUUAUUGAUGCUCACUAGGUAGGACUGCAGGUUUCACGUGAACCUGUUCUAGUUUAUGAACAUUGGUGUGGAGAGGUUCUGAAACUUUUUAAAAAUGUGUAACUGAGCUGAUUUUAAGCAAACUUAUUUGUGUACUGAUAAAAGUCUAAUUUCUUA